UUGGGCUCCUUGGAGGCCAGGCCUCAGUUUCCUCCUGUGUAAAAUGAGGGGGGAGGGCCGGGGGACCCCCUGAGCUCCAGCCUGGGGCCGCGCUAACCACUGGCCUCUCCCCAGGCUGCCAUGGAGGUGACGCCGCCGCUGCUGCCCCCGCAGGGGGCCCCCGUGAAGCAGGAGGCCCGGCCCGGGGAGGCCCUGGCCCCGGACUCCCCCUGGUGCCGCUUCCGCCACUUCCACCUGGGCGACGCUCCGGGCCCGCGGGAGGCGCUGGGCCUGCUGCGCGCCCUGUGCCGGGACUGGCUGCGGCCCGAGAUCCACACCAAGGAGCAGAUGCUGGAGCUGCUGGUGCUCGAGCAGUUCCUGAGCGCGCUGCCGCCCGACAUCCAGGCCUGGGUGCGAGGCCGCCGGCCCCAGAGCGGCGAGGAGGCCGUCAGCCUGCUGGAGGAGCUCUGGGGGCCGGUGACGUCCCAGGAUCGGCCCCAGGAGCUCCGGGGGCAGCGAGAGAUGGCGGCGGCCGCCGGUGUGGCCACGGGGAAGGAGGACGGCGGGAUGAUGGCGCUAGGAGGAGAGCCACCCUCGGGCGCGGCGAGCGUGCCGGCUGGGCCAGCCCCUGCGGGGGCCUCUUCGGAGCUGGCGCGUCCCUACAAGCAGGAGCCGGGCAGCCCCCCGCCCCUGCCCGCGCUGCCCUCCUGCCUGCCCUGCUUCCUGGGCCCGGCCGCGGCGGCCGUGGUGACGGCCCCGGCCUCGUGCCUGGAGUGCGGCAAGGCCUUCCUGAAGCCCGCGCACCUGCUGCGCCACCGGCAGAGCCACUCGGGCGAGAAGCCCCACGCGUGCCCCGAGUGCGGCAAGGCCUUCCGCCGCAAGGAGCACCUGAGGCGGCACCGGGGCACCCACCCCGGCCCUCCCCCGGGCCCCGGCCCC